UGGGAUCCCCCUCCUCCUGCAGGGAGUGGAGAAAAGCGGAGUCAAGGCGGAAGUCAACGUGCUCUGAGAGACACACGGCAACAGAAGGGUAAGUGGCUGUGUGAAUGUGAACAGGCGGAGGGAGAUAACAUAGAUUUACAAAGGUAGCUGUGUUUUGGAAUUUGGACUAUAACUUCAGUUAACAAUCCUAGACAUCAUGAGCAACUACAGUGUAUCCUUGGUUGGCCCGGCUCCGUGGGGUUUCAGGCUCCAGGGUGGGAAAGACUUCAACAUGCCACUGACUAUCUCUAGGUUAACCGAUGGAGGUAAGGCAGCCAAGGCCAGCAUUGUAGUUGGAGAUGUGGUUCUGUCUAUUGAUGGGAUCAGCACUGAUGGGAUGACUCACCUGGAGGCACAGAACAAAAUCAAGGCGUGCACCGGUUCCUUGAACCUGACUCUGCAAAAAUCUUCUGGUGCUACAAAGCAUGCUUCAGUUCCAAAGGAUGAGCCUCAGGAGAUAUUUAAACCAUCUCCUCUUCCUACUGCACCCAAAAGCACACCUGCUCCCAGCGCAGCCUACAAUAAGACAGCUAGGCCUUUUGGAGCUACUGCAGCACCCAAAGCUGCCUCCAUUCCAUCAGCAUCAUCAGCGUUCACACCUGCUUCCACUCCCCAUUCCUUUGCUGCUCCCCCACCACCCCCCUUUGCAACGGCUGCUGCCCCUCCUCCACCUGCAGUAUAUGCAUCUACAAAUGCUAAACCCAUCCUAGACGGGCACAUGCCCCCACCCAGUGCAGCUAAAGUUACAGUAGCACCAUCUGUUAAUGUCCCACCGCAGCCCUCUGUCUAUAAUACCCCCAUCAAUCUCUACUCCAACAACAACGCCUGCGAGGUCGCUGAAGGCCAGAGAAGAGGACUGAACCAAAAGGGCGCUGCACAGCACAAUGGCGGCCCUCAGAGCAUUCUAAAGAAAAAUCCACUUAGAAGAGCACCAAGAAAACCCAUUGUGGACACGGAUAUUGAAUUUAACCAUGUUCCCACUCACGGAGACGCCAGUAAGAAACGCCUGAUCGAGGACACUGAAGACUGGCAUCCUCGGACAGGCACUUCCCAGUCGCGCUCCUUCCGCAUCCUGGCCCAGAUCACUGGCACUGAACGCAUGCAAGAACAAGAAACUGAUUCUUCUAAGAAAAAUGAUACUGUGGAUCUACUCCAGCCCAGCACUCAUGUUACUUCUUCUGUGAAGACCAUGACCAAGGCUCCGGGCAACGUCCCCCUACCUGCACCUGUCAAUGUUGCACCAGUUCCAGCAUUUAAAUCCACUGCAGCCCCCGUCGCUGCCAAAUCUGCAGGCUGGCAGCUCACUAACGCAGCAGCACCUGGAUUUCAAAAGGCUAAUACUGGUCACAUAACCUCUGCCUCUGGCCAUGUGUCAAACAGCUCUCUUCAGUAUGGAGCAAAGGCACCUCCAGCCAAUGCCCUGAGCAGACCAGCCCCACAACCACACCCAAAAGAUCAGGACACGCUGGUCCAGAGAGCAGAGCACAUCCCGGCUGGGACCCGCACCCCCAUGUGUGGACAAUGCAAGAUGGUCAUCAGGGGCCCUUUCCUGGUAGCCAUGGGAAAAUCUUGGCAUCCUGAGGAGUUUACCUGUGCUCAUUGUAAAACCUCCUUGGCAGAUAUUGGUUUUGUGGAAGAGAAGGGUUCUGUGUAUUGUGAGCACUGUUACGAAGAAUUCUUUGCCCCCACCUGUGGCAGGUGUCAACUGAAGAUUCUUGGGGAAAUUAUCAAUGCUCUGAAGCAGACCUGGCAUAUCCACUGUUUCUUGUGUACGUCUUGUCAUCAGCCAAUCCGCAACAAUGUUUUCCAUUUGGAGGAUGGGGAGCCAUACUGUGAGCAAGAUUAUUAUAACAUGUUUGGUACAAGCUGCCAUGGUUGUGACUUCCCCAUUGAAGCUGGAGAUAAAUUCCUGGAAGCCUUGGGAUAUACUUGGCAUGACACCUGUUUUGUGUGUUCAGUAUGUUCUACAAAUCUGGAGGGUCAGCCUUUUUUCUCAAAAAAGGAUAAGCCCUUAUGCAAGAAACAUGCCCAUUCAAUUAACAUGUAAUGGUCUAGCCUCUUUGAGUCUGCCAUCAAACAAGAAGAAAAGAAGAUCAUUCA